GUCCCCUUUGGUGUGCCGUAGCCAGUGUUAAUGGCACGAUGGUAAAAAAGGAGAUCUUGGAAUACUGUAUUUUGGCGGAAAACUCUGCUGUAACAGCAUCAGUGCCUCGCUUUGCACUGGAGAGGGCUUGCAGUAGCUCGCGUUGAUGGUCCUAGCCGUGGGAGGUAGAUGGAUGGGAUGAUCCACACGUUGACUAAUGGUUGUUUUGAAAAACAAAAUGUAUUUAGUUUAAGAGAUGACCUCAAAUGAUACACCCCAGAAGAUCAUCACAGCGCCGUGACUAGCGCACUCUCCUUUGUGUGCAGCAGAAUGUCUCCACGGGUGGCGACUCUGCUGUCCGGACUGUGGCUGUUCUUGGUUCUGUCUUGUGCUGCUAGGUCGAUGUGGCAAGCCUGUGACAAUGGGAAGCUCUUGCUGGGGAGAGACCUGCCCCCAUCAGUUGUAUGGAGCUGUCCUGUGAUUUCCUGGCCAGAGUCCACUACCCAGAAGAUUCCUAGCAUUGACACAGACUAUCCCCCACAGCCGAUUGAGCACGUCUGCAUUGACACACCCAUCACCUACAAUCACACUAUCCCCAACAGUGGAGCUCACCGGACUGUAGGGGCAGAGAGUGGAGAGUACCUGUACUGCCCCCCUCAACGCUGGCUCAAUAACCUGCAGCAUGGAGCAACAGUGUUACUGUUCCAUCCGUGUGCUCCUGUUCGUCAGCGUGACCUGCUGUCUGUCCUGGGCCACCGCUGUCUGUCUGACUACAUCAUAACGCCACACCCUGACCUCAGCACACACCGGCCGUUAGCGCUGGUGUCCUGGGGUCGCACUCUGGAGCUGUCCCAGGUGACCACGCCGGAGGUCUGUGAUUGGCUGCAGUUGACAGCAGCACACGGUAACAGUGGCGAUGUGGGUCCAAACAGGAAGUAUAACUUGCUGUUGACCCAUCCUGCGGAUCACAAACACGCAUACCCAAAGAAGUCUCUGAAGCAGUGCUGUGAGGAGACCCUCUCUCUGCUGCUGGAUGGACGGUUGGAGGUGACAGACUGGAGGAGAGGGAGGGUCCGCAAGAGCCGAGCUGCACUCGGGACCGAGGGGAGGGAGAAAGAAAGACAGACCACCGUGGUGCCGCCUCUAGCAGUCACCAAGACCAACAGGACUACCCUGGACCAAACCGAGCCGAACAGACCUGAAGCACAGGGCCCAGCCACAGUGAGGGUUACACAGAGAGAUACGGACCAAGGACUCAAAGUGACUCAACCUCGCCGCAGAGAAAAUUACACGAAUGAAAAAGAGCCCCGAGGCAAAGUGAGAGAAACAGACUGGCUGAACCAGAACGAAGCAGAGGACAAGAGGCAGAGCGGGAAAAUGCGAGACACCCAGGAAAGAGAGGUGAAGAGCAGCAGACACGAGGGAGAGACACAGCCCCGUAACUCUCCAACCAAGAGGAAAAAGGCUCUGUCUCAGAGUUGGCGCAAGCAGCUGGCUGUCACACAGACGAACAGCCAGGACAGGAGAGCAGACUGUGAUGGUAGGGUGGGCCACAGCGAGUGCACUGAGACCGUAGCUCCGCUAGGGGGCGCCGCGGCUGGACCCGGUGACAGGAUGCUGCCCACUCCGCGGACAGACGAGGCGGUGUGGGCGGCAGCAGCGUUGGGCUUCCUCCUGGUGCUGCUGGCACUCUCUGUGCUGCACACCCGCCUUUACCGCCAGUGUGGCACAACGCCCAGCAUGUACUGGCAUGACCCCAAGCAGGACUACGACAGGGUGGCAGAUGUGAUCCACAGGAGGCUGAAGAUGCCAGGGAGGAGGAAGAGGAGGGCAUCCAAGAGCCGAAGACAGGAAUGUGUCCUCCUACCACCCAGCUCCAGCACAGAGGAGGACGAGUAGAAACAGACAUCUGUUUAUUGUACCCGUCUUGUCUUUAGCCCUGUGAGAAGAGAUGUAAGAGGAGAGGACACUGGGACCUAAAAACAGGGUACUCCCAUCUGCCUAAUAACACUGCUCUGCUGAAGAAACGGAGCAUUUUAUGGAUUCUUUUGUACGGAGACCUCAGAUUCAUCUUCCAUCGCCGGUAGUUAAGGAAUAUUUUGGUAUUUCAACUGUCAUAAAACACUCCAUAGUACAAAACCCCAUUCAAUCAGAUCUCAUUCACAAUCACCACCAAUGAUACCAUUUUACUACACAUUCAAAUGUUCUCGUAGGGGCCGAUUCAGACUUAGGAAAUGUACGCCUUUCCUACGCACGCCAUUCCUACGCACUUCUAAGUAGUUGGUAUUCAGACUUGCCAUAUGAAGGUUUCCAGCAAGAUUUGCGGGUGUGGCCCCAACAAUAAAUGUAAUUCAACCCCAGAAAACACAUUUACUAGUUGGCCGACAGAAUUGACAACGGCGUUUUCGUUCAAUUAAUUUUCUGUUCAUUUAUCUAAGGUAAUCCCUUUAAAUAUGUAUUUGGACAGUGAAGCUAACAAUUUUUAUUUUAGAUCAAGUGUUUCAUAUGAGGCAACCUUUAAUUUGAGGGUAUUUUCAUAAAUAUCUGUUUUACCUUUUAGAAAUUACUUCUCCAUUUGAAGUAUUUGGACAAAUUCACUUAGUGUAUUAAAGUAGUCAAAAGUUUUGUAUUUGAUCCCAUAAUCCUUUGCAAUCAAUGACCACAUCAAGCUUGUGACCCUACAAGCUUUUAUUGUAGGAAGAGAAUACAUUUCUGAACACUUCUACAUUAAUGUGGCUGCUACCAUGAUUAUCGAUAAUCAUGGAUUGUGAAUAAUGAGUGAAUACUAACCUCUCCUGUUAUUGGAAAUAGUGAGAGGUUAGCAUGUUUUGUUGUAGCCUAUGUUACCUUCUCACUCAUCAUUAUUCAUUCACGAUUUGUCUUAAUCAUGGCAUUAUCAGGAUUCAUUUGGAAGUGUUCAGAAACAUCUGUUCACAUAGAAAGACAUUUACUCCAGUCACCAUUCAUUUCCUAUUGGGCAAAAUAUAAUCUGAAACACAGCCAAAACAAACUGCAAAUGCAUCCAACAAAUUGUAGAGCCAGAAGCUUGACGUAGUCACAGAGUUCAAGGAAUAUGUAGCCAAAUACCUAUCUUUUGAUUAUUUUACACUAAGUGAAUUCUUCAAAAUGGGGGGGGGGGGGGACUAGAUAAAGUCCUUUCUAAAUGUUAAAACAUAUGAAAAUACCCUCAAGCUGACAUUCUGUGCUGUCACCUCAUGAAUCAUGUGAUCUAAAAUGCAAAAUGCUGGAGUUUAGAGCCAAAUGAAAAGGUUUAGCCUCGCUGUCCAAAUAAAUCUGGAGGGGAGUGUAGUUGCUGUUGUAAGCAACAGGCUGUCGGUUGCACUGUGUUGCAGUAGUGGGUACGAGUCCAUCAAAUGCUGUUGUGUGAUUAGUAGCAAAUCUUUUUUAAACAUUUUUUAUCAUGUUUUGUGAGUUAUUUAAUAUAUGAUGGCUGCAGUGAAUCAAGACAUGGACAAAGAGGUUUUGUAUGUUGAUUAUUGCUCGUCUCGUACUACACUACGGCCAGUGUACUCCUAUGAAGCUAUUGGUUGGAAGCUAACCGUUUCAACCACAGAACUAGAGAGGUUCUAUUUCUAUGCUUUGAAAAACCACAGGAUAUUAAUUCCCUUGUGUGAGAAAACGAUUGAACAUUAUGUUGCUCUGCAGGUAAUGAAAACACUUGGGAGCAGCAGUACCCUGUGAAGGCUUUUUAUUCGUUUUUAUCUACUGUGUGAUGUUUACUAGUAACCCUGUACCAGAUGUAGAUGUGUAUACUCUUAUUUACAAUACUAAUGUAUACAUAGUA